AUGCAGUUCACAACCAUCAUCGCCACUUCCAUCCUCGCUGUCAUGGCAACUGCUGCUCCCGUAGCCGUUCCAGCCGUCGAGGCCAGAGCUCAACAGCUCAUUGAUCUCUGGCAAGACUCUGGUUUCCUCGGUCUCAAAUUCACUGGCUCCUCCGAUGUUGGAAAAUGUGUCAAUCUCCCAUCGAACUUCAACGAUCGUGUUUCGUCUGGAAAGGCGAAGCCGGGAUUCAGAUGUACUACUUGGGUUGAUGCCAAUUGCGUUGGUACUGGGUUCAGUUUCAAUGCUAGUCCUGGUGCUUCGUCAUUCCCUAGUUGGAUCAAUGACAAGAGCUCUUCUUGGAAGUGUGUUGCUGCUUAA